AUGACUCCUAAUGCCAUCCUGCCCUGCAGUUUGAAAACCUCUGGCAGCGAUGAUUUGCCAACAGUGGAGUGGUCCAAGGAAGGCCUGAAGCCGAACGUGGUCUUCUUGUACCGCAAUGGCUUUGAGACGUUUGAGAUGAAGAACCAGGGCUUUGAGUUCAGGACGAGUCUCUUCAUGAGAGAGGUGAAAAACGGGAACGUCUCGCUGAGGAUCUCCAACCUGAAGCCGUCAGACGCUGGGAUCUAUCAGUGUUUGAUCAUCCGAAGGAAUGGAAGCAGAGAGGCCACCGAUGUGCAGCUGGUUGUUGCUGCAGUGUCUGAUCCAAAGCUUUCAGUGGAUUCUGAUGAGAACCAGAGAGUGACGGUGGCCUGUGAGGCGACCUGCUGGCUGCCAGCCCCGCUGAUGGAGAUUGUGGAUGAAAAAGGGAACAACAUCACAGACACUGUGGAGAUACAAAGAGCAGAUCUCACUGAAUGUUACACAGUGAGGCAAACGGCCACCGUGCAGACUCACACAGCCAGGUAGCAGAACAAGUCUUCAUGUUUUUCUGUUUAUACCUUAUUACUCAACUCUGAACAAGAAAGU